GAACAAAUAUGCGAUUCACGAUGCGAAGAGCUUUGUAGUAAUUGCUCGCGCGAGCGAUAUGCACGAUUUCAAUGGCACAAUCGAAAGUCAGCAUAUUAUAUCGUUUACAAUAUAUACACACAUAUGACGUUCGCUUAUGGCACCGGAGCCGACAUACUAAAUAAUGUACGGGCAAAACCGAUGGUGUGUUGUGUGUAUUGUGUGAGCAGAGUGUUUGGUUUGAUUUUAGCCUUUUUCGGAGUUGAAAACACUUGGUUUGCCACGAAUUCGAUCAGUCAUACGCCAUCAACUGAGUGAACGACACUCCGUUGUGAAAGACAAAAGUUACGUUGUCUGUUUUGACCGCGCGCGCGAUUGCUGCUGGCUACAAUUGAUUUUUCGUGCAUUAAACUGUAAUUACAUCACAUGAACUACUUCUCGGAGGCUUUUGUAUCGAGUAUUUAAAAGAGAAUAUACAUAAUCAUAUGGAAAGGUGCAUCAUUGAAGUCUGAAAAGUCACACGUGUCUGAGUGUUUUGUAAUUAUUUUCUGGGUGGAAAUUCGCGCCAACAAAUUUUUGGUCAUAACUUGAGUUAAAAUCUUGAAGAGCACAUCGUCAAGUACACAACAACUAUAAUCACAACAACAACCACAACAACAUAUUUAUAUCAACAAACAAAGAAGAAAGACAAAGAGCAGGCUAAGCGGUUUGGCAUAGAGAUAAAAAACAGCGAGAAAGAGAGAAAGAAAAACUGUCGAAAAUGCUGAAAUCAGUGAAAAAUAAGCGACGAUUAUGGCUUGGUAUUCGGUCGGCACGAGCUCAUACGGAUAAAGUAAACAUCAUGUUUUUUCAUGGUAAAACAUUCAAUGAACAUACCGUAUAUCCAAUGCACGAAUCUCAUGCGAUAAUGGCCGAUCCAAAAUUUGAUCACAACAAAAAGACAGUUUUAUAUAUUCAUGGCUAUGUCGAAGAUCCAUCACACCAAAGCAUUCAUGUGACAGUCGAUGCAUAUUUAACGCGAGACGAUUACAAUUGUUUGGUAUUGGAUUGGUCGGUGUUGGCUGAUGGAAACUUUUUCGUUGAUGCAGUACCGAAUAUUAAGCAGUUGGGACCAAAGAUGGCUGAAGUAAUAUUGGAUUGGUUUGAUGAAGGUUUGAAUGUAGAUACCUUUCAUAUAGUCGGGCAUUCAUUGGGUGGACAAAUGUCUGGUGUGAUUGGUCGCAGUGUGUUUAAGAAAUCACGAGGUGAAACACAAAUCGCUCGCAUAUCAGCACUUGAUCCGGCAUUUCCGACAUUUUACCCAUCGCUUGGCACACCGGCUGUGAAUAAAAAUGACGCAAAAUUUGUAGAUAUUAUCCACACAGAUGCAUGGCUUUAUGGAAUACCAAUCAGUACAGGACAUGCUGAUUUCUGGCCAAACAGUGGAAAAACACUGCAACCGGGUUGUCCGAAACGAGGAAUGCUUUUGACAUUGUCAGAUGUUGGUAAGAAAAUAAAUGAUUUGUGCAGUCAUCGGCGAUCUUGGUGGUUUUGGGCCGAAAGUGUUGCAUCUUCAGAGAAAUCGGCUUUUCAUGCAGCCAAAGCAAAAAGUUGGGAUGAUUUUAAGAAGGGACGCAUCGACGAGUCCAGCGUUACACACAUGGGCAAUGAUUGCUCAACUAGCGCUCGCGGCGACUAUUACUUACAAACGAAUGGUUUACGGCCGUUUUCAAGAGGCGCAGACGGAUUAAACUAUACGAAAGUCAAAUAUGAUAUAAAUCGUACAUUCGUAGGCGAUAAGACCAUUCGAAAAAAAGCUAGUUGAAUGCAUGUAGUUACGUCACAAAAUCAUCGUGUGUGUGGAAUGAUAUUUGCCUUUUUUGAACAUAAAUGAAUGGGAAUCAGAAUCGAUUGGGAAUGCCUGUAUAUUUAUGAACAAUGAAAUGAUUUGAAAUCACUAAUUUAUAUAAUCAUAAAACAAAAAAAAAAAUGUCAUGUUAUUUUUUAAAACAAAAAUUUUACUACUUGUUUAAUAAAGAAAAUCUCUUUUUUUCUCGUUUUUAUAUACACUUUACAUUUGAUCGCACAAGUGAUCUGUUACCUUAUUUUCAUAUUGUUAAUAAAAUUUUCAAUACAUAUAUGUAUAAAACAAA